CAUAAACAGUCGCUAUUAAACCGUCAACCAUGUCGAACGCUAAAGACAAAGGACGUGAAGUUUUUGAUUCCGUCAUUAAGGAGAAAUUUCCAGACGCCUGUAAAGUGAAAAUUAAUCCUAUUAGCAGUGGUGGUGCUAACUACAGCUCAACUUUAUACGAAGCUCAUAUCAAUACUCCUGAAGGUACUCAAGAACUAUUCGCAAAAGUCGCCUCAAUGGGUGACCUUUUUAACGAUACAAGCCAGAAAAUCUUUGAGUCAGAAAAGUUCGUCUUGACAAAAAUUGCAAACGCGUACGAAAAAAUACAAGACAAACUUGGGAUAGCAGAAAAAUUUGCAUUCCCAAAAAUUUACAUUCAUGAUCGUGAUGAUAUCCCAAUAAUUGUCAUGGAGAAUCUAGCUGCUAAAGGAUACGGAUGUUAUGAUAGAUUCAAGAGUAUUGAUUGGAAAUAUGCGUCAAAAUCUGUAGAAACUUUAGCCACAUUCCAUGCUCUUUCUUUUGUUUUAAAGACGGAGAGUCCAGAAGAGUUCAAAUUGGCUGGGGAUAUAUUAAAGCUACCAGAAACUGGUGUUACAAGUCCACUAUGGGAAGGAAUUGCUGAUGCGGCGAUGGCGGUUGUCGAUGAAGAAGAUAAAGAAAAACUCGCUAGAGUUCUAGAAGGAGCCGUGGGCUGGAGUAAACUUACGGAUUUCAGUGAACCUCUUAAAACUUCAGUACUUAUUCACGGAGACUAUCGCCCAAGUAAUUUAUUGCAUAAGGAAGUGAAAGGUGAAUAUCACGUUAUCCCCGUAGACUACCAAACGGUCAGGCUAGGAUGCCCGGUGGCCGAUCUCCUCUACUUCACCUUGAUAGGUUCCGACCAGCAGUUCCGACAGCAACACUACCGCCGACUGGUGGACCACUAUUAUGAGCAUCUGGCUCUGAUGAUGACGAAAUUCGGUCUGAAGCCGGAUGAGGAGUACGGGAGGAAUGAAUUUGAAAGCGACAUAAAAGCGAAACUCCCAAUCGCCCUCGCCGUCGCAGCGAUAGUGCUGCCAUUCGUCACAGUAGACGCAGCGAGCGCCCCGAACUUUGAACGCGAGCAAUACGUGCCGGGCGCGAACGAACUGUUCGCCGAACGGUUCCGCGGACUGAUGCACGACUUGAAGCAGUGGAAGGCUAUAUAGAAUACUCAUACUGUUACCCGAGUUGCCUGAAUUUUAAAUGUUGAGUACCGAAAUAUAUUUAAACAAAAUAUUCUUAUUUAUUUAGAUGAAUUCAAUAUAUUAUGUAUAAAUUGGGGUAUGCAAAUUUUUUGUUGCACACCAUUAAGCAGAAUGGGGACGGCCGAUUCUCCAUACAAACGUAGCCCCCAUUAGCUUCUCUGAAUAUUGAUAUUAUGGAAAAUAUUUUUAUACAUAUAAUCCGAUGUGUUUUAACCAUAUAUAUGCCGCUUAGGUUGACUUUUUCCGAUUCCUUGAUUAUUUUGAAAAUUAGGAGUGAAAAUGAAUUUUGAUACAAUAUUUAAAUGUUCCUAAUAUGUAUUUAGAAAUAAUUAAAAAAAAUUAAAAAAAGACGGGCAUAUCUGUGGCCAAUAUACAUCUAAUUGCAUCAAAAUAUUACCUAUCAAUAAUAUUAAUAUCCAGUUAAGUAAAUAGAGGACUACGUUUGUAUAGAAAGGCGAAUUCGCGUGGGUCGUCCACUUUCGUCUUAAACUUUAUUUGCAAGAUA